GGCGUCGCAACGGCUGAGACCGAGCGGGAGCUGCUCGGACCGCCGCCGCGCGGAGGACGCGAGGAGCAGCGCGGGCCGAGCAGCCUUCCGCCCGGAGAGCUCUCUGCGCAUCCACCCCCUCGGAAGCAAGCGGGGGCCGAGCCGCACCUCCCUAGAACGGACAUGGAAGUGCCAGACGGUGCCGGUGCCAAUGCCACACAGAAACCACCGGGAAGGUCGCCGUCGCGGCAGCCAGAAGCGAGCUGGCUCCAGGACCGUGCCUGCAGAGAACCACCUCCACCAGGAGAGCCCAGUGGACUAGACAUCACGUGUGCCAUGGAGUUCCUAGAGGACUUUGUGGAGCUGCUGGCACAGCCGCUGCGCACACUGCCCUCCGUCGGCCCGCCAGCCGCGCUGGCCUACAGACCUGAGGUGCUGCGGGGCCGCCUGCGGGCCGAGGCAGAGGAGGACCAUGCUCCGAAGUGUGAGUACUGCAGAAGCCUGCUGAGGCCAUUCCCUUCCUUCGAGGACAUUCACCCUCCACCGCAGAAGUUCUGCUGCAAACGCAAUCAAGACCUCUACGAGUUCAUUGUAAAUGAGAGGAAGAAACAUGAAAGUGCUUGGAACAGCCCUAUUUCUGUAGACUCUCAUAAGCCACACGGCAGCGAAGCUGAAAGACACCUGGCAAAGGAGAAAGCAUACCAGAGACAGCAGGAGAGACAAAUGGCCAGGCAGUUAGCCUUCCUGGCAGCUGAGCCGACAACUGUAGCUGAGUGUCCAGCACACCUUGGCACCAUUUCCUACCUGCUUUCCCAGGAGCCACCAUCUCUGACGGGCUGGACGCUGAUGCCUGGCGAGAGAGCAGCAGAGCUUGAGGAAGAGCCCAUCUCCUACAGCAUCACCUGCUGCGACUUCACUGUUAUGGGCGGAAGGGUAGCAAAGAAUGAAUUGUUGGAGAAAUACUACAAACAUGGAGGGAAGUUUCUUACUAUGCUCCCAGAUGGAACAGCACAGUUAUUCUAUCCAUCUGGAAACCUGGCAGUCAUCGUUGUACGAGAGAAAAAGCGGUUUGUUUGCAUAGUGCAGGAAGACAAGGCAAGUAACACUGAGAUACAGGCGGUAUUUGCAUCCAACGGUAGGAGCGCCUGCUACCACCCGCACGGCACUGUGUGGAUAACGAUGAACACUGCAGGAGGGCAGUGCCUGGACCGGGCAGGCAACAGGGUGAGGAGGUGGACAUGGCCAAGUAGUGCAGCGUCAUCCGGACCCUACGCCCCACUGAGCCCUAUCUUCCUCUCCCUGAACCUGCAUGUGGGGGUCAGGAUCAUGGGCCAGGAUAAGAUCACAGUAUCCUUCCUUGCCAUGGGGCAACAAGCAAAAUUCAAUGUGGGAACAAAAGUGCAGGGCAGCCAGGCUGGGCAGCUACAUGCCCCCCUCCAGCUGAAUGAGGACGAGCUCCUGCUGCUAGCCUUGCGGGUGAGGAUCCUGCGGCUCAUCGAUAAGCUGCGUGGCUGCCUGAACUUCCCUUCCAAUGAGCAAUGGGACAAAAUGAAGCCACCAGCGUACCUUGUCACACAGACUUUAAAGAUCUUGUACCUUUGCACAACUUCUGACAUAAGCGAAGAGCUGUGCAGCUCAGUCAGGGCAAUAGUAAAUGCUCCAGUCUGAGCAGCA